ACCAUUGGCCAAAAGUGUUCCGUGAUCCGUGGCGAUCGGGAGGUGCAAUCACGCGGUGCUACAGUUCCACGGUCCCCGGAGAUGGAAAACGAUAUGAAGACCGAAGAAGAGAAGCUAGAAAUCAACUCUGCGCAGGAAACUCUGCGCGUACUGGAGAGCCGUCUGCCCGAGGUGUGGUGGCUGUGGAAGACCACGUUCGACCAGCCUACGUUCCUACGGCUGCUUAAUAAUCUGCCGAGCUGCAUCGAUCAGUUCAUGGAGGAGAUCAUUGCGGAAACGACCAACUACGCGCAACGGCAGGCGGCCCGGGUCGAUGAACUGCAGACCGAGAUUAAAGACCUGACGACGCGGCUGGGGGGCGUGAGCUACGUGGUCGAUCCGAGCGCGCUUGCGUCGCUCCCGGUCGAGUGCCAGCUGCGGGUGCUACAGGAGAAGGUCGAUGCACUGCGGAAAGAGGUGGCCAAACGGAAAACGGCGCUGGAGAUCUACACCCUGCGGCAGCGGGAACUAUGUUUAGAACUGGGGCGGCCAGAGAUCGAUCUGAAUCCGACCGGACGGCCCCUGCCAACCGAUCGCCAGUUCCUCGCGAUUCACUCGUACAUCGAUCGGCUGGUGAAGAUGAUGAACUUCCGCCACGGAUACAUCAGUGUGAUGUGGCUGCACUGCAAUAUCCUAGCGGUCACGCUCAAGUGGCCAUUGCGUGACAAGCAGGAACUGCUGCAGCGCCAGUGCGUCGCGCCGACGCAGGACAAUUUGAACGAGCUGCAACAGUUGCGGUGUGUGCUCGGGACACUGUUUGAGUCAGCGACACGCAACAAGAAACCUCUCGCUGCCCUGCGGGAACCGGGCAAAGCGAUAGCGCUGCGUCCGUUCGUAGUGGAACGCUAUCGGAUCGCCGGUGAGUGCACGCGGAACUCACCGAACGGCCCCGGAAACGAGCAACCCCUGACGGGGGGUUGGGUACGGCUCGAGCAGCUGUGGGACCGGUGCCUGAUUUCGCCGUACGAGCGACGCCUCUUUCGCCAGUCGGUGAAAAACUGGGACCCGGAUGCGCUGCUGGCGGCCCAAACCGACAUGGAGCGCGUGCUGCUCAACUAUUACAACGGGAAUGCGAAGAUGUUUAUGCUGUUCUUCAUGUGGGCCGAUCUGUGGAAUCUGCUGCUGAACGUGCAGCGGUUGCGGGCCGCCAGCACCAACGCGUCCCGGCGACCGCGCGACCCGGCCCUGGUCGAGCAUCUGGACGACCUGAACGUGGAGAUCAACACGAUGGAGUGCCGGCUGAAGGAUUUCUACGAAAAGUUCGAGCAACACUUUUGCCAGCAGUUCAUCAUCAACGGGCUGCCGAUCCAGAGCGUGAUCGAGAUGUGCAAGGAGCGGAAGCUAAAGUUCGAGCUGCCCGACAACUGGUGGUUCGAGGUGGAGGACACGGAGGACCUCAAGUUCCACCCGCGCGAGGACGAAGAGGACAAGGAGAACACCCCGGUCGGUAUGAUGCAACAACUGCAGGUACCACCGGUGGCCACUCCGCCAACGGUGGUACCUCCUGCUCCGGUGUCCUCUUCGCCGAACGCCGGGGCGGCGGCGGCUGCUAGUGAAAACACACCGGAAAUGGUGAUUUAA